AGACUGCUGCAUGCUGAGCAUCACUGAACCAGCUCUUUAAUAUUCAGCAGGCCACUUGAGAAGCAAAAUGGCAAAGAAGGUGCUGAUCAUUUAUGCCCACCAGAGCUCUGGUUCGUUCAACGCUGCAGCUAAAAAUGCUGCUGUGGAGGUUCUGACUGCUCAGGGCUGCACAGUAGAAGUGUCUGACCUGUAUGCCAUGAAUUUUAAAGCCACAGCCACUGCUGAGGAUAUCAAAGGAGAAGUGAAGGAUGCUGAGAACUUCUGUUACCUGAAGGAGAGCAGGAUUGCCUGGGAGGAAGGAAGACUGUCAGAUGACAUCACUACAGAGCAAACUAAACUCACUGAAGCAGAUCUGAUCAUUUUUCAGUUCCCCAUGUACUGGUUUGGACUUCCUGCAGUCAUGAAGGGUUGGAUUGACCGGGUGCUCACUCAUGGAUUUGCCUUUUCCCAGGAGAAGUGCUACAGCCAGGGAGUCUUCAAGGACAAGAAGGCCAUGUUGUCCUUCACCACUAGGUCUCUUGAAUCCAUGUUCAGUCCAUCUGGCAUUAAUGGAGACAUGAACGUCACUCUGUGGCCUCUGCAGGUACUGCCUGACUUUAAAUGGACCUCCAUUUAAACUGGUGCCAAGUGACUGGGUCAAAUGUUCUGUUCUCCACAGAAUGGCAUCCUGAACUACUGUGGCUUCCAGGUUCUGGCUCCUCAGAUCUUCUGGGCUCCAUCCUCUGCAGCUGAGGAGGAUCGUAAAGCCAUGCUGGAGGCCUGGCGUGCACGACUGCAGGGGCUCCUGGAAGAGAAGCCCCUGUCCUUCUUCUCUCUGGACUGCUUUGAUGAGAAGACUUUCCAGCUGACGCCUGAUGUUCAGGAAAAACAUGCCAGCGAGGAGUUGGGUCUGACGGUGGGCAUCCACCUGAACAAGCCUCUGCCCCCCCACAGCCAGAUGAAGGCUGGAUGCUGAUGUACAAAAACAAUAAGUGUUUUUU